UCUCUAUAAAAAUACAACCACCUCCCCUCAUUCUCCCACCAACCAUUCAUUCAUUCAUUCAUUCCAAAAGCUCAAAACUUUGACCAAAUUCUCAUGGCGGCGUUUGAGCAUGGCCUCAACCUCGACGCGACGGAGCUCCGGCUAGGACCGCCCGGCGUCGACGACACCAACAACAAUCCUCAAAGUCUCAGAAUCAUCCCCAACAAAAGACCAUUGCCGGAAUCCAACCACAGCUCCUCCGGUUCAAAUAACACCACUUCUUCUGACGCCACCCACCAAACCCCCCCUCCCUCCAAGGCCCAGAUUGUGGGGUGGCCGCCGGUUCAGUCGUUCAGAAGGAACAGCCUUCAGGCGAAGAAGGUGGCGGCGGCGGCGCCGGAGAGUAGCGGAAAUUACGUGAAAGUAAGCAUGGACGGAGCUCCUUAUCUUAGAAAAAUUGAUCUGAGUUUGUACAAAGCCUACCCGGAGCUCCUCCUCACUUUAGAGGACAUGUUUAAAUUCACCGUAGGUGAAUAUUCCGAGAGAGAAGGUUACAAAGGAUCUGAAUAUGUUCCAACUUACGAAGAUAAAGAUGGAGAUUGGAUGCUGGUCGGCGAUGUUCCAUGGGAAAUGUUUAUGUCGUGCUGCAAGAGACUAAGAAUCAUGAAAGGAUCCGAAGCAAAGGGAUUGGGAUGUGUAGCAUGAUCAGAGAGAAGAAACUGACCCCCAAAAAGAAAUUUUUUUUUUCUUUUCAGAGCCAAAAGGGAAAAUUUUGGGCUUGGGUUCUCGUGGAAGAAGAAAUUAAAUGUAGGAUUUUUUAGUAAAAGAUUUUUCUCGGGGAGGAUCUUCCAGCUUCUUCAAAGGUUGAAGUUUUUUCUAUGCAGCCAAACAAACAGAAAAAACCCAGUUGGGGGAAAUUUUAAAUAAAUAAAUAAAGAGAUAAAGAUUUGCAGAGAUUUUGAUGUUCCUGCAUUUUGAUAAUCUGAUCUUUGUGGAAGUUCUUGGCGAGUGUCGUCUCUAAUGUGGAUUUUAUCGAAUCAUUUAUCUGCUGAUCUGCACGUGGCAGAAGAUGAUUUGUUUCGUUAUUGAUAUUAUUGUUGUUGUAAUUUUAUGAACAAAAAUAUGUUAAUUAAUUUUUUGAACUUCUUGUUGUUCUUUAUGUAUGAUGAGAAAUUGUUAGUUAAUUUUGAAAGAACUCAAAUUCCAUUAAA